UCCCGGUGUCCCGGGCGCCCCGCCGCUCCGGCCGCGCCUGCCCGGGCCGAGGAGGGGCCAGGCCGCGGGGAGCGGAGCAGGGAGGUGGGGAUUCUGGGAGCAGAGCUCAUUUCCUCCUCCCGGCCGCCCCUGGCCCGCACCCCAUCUCCACGUGCGGCGCCCGGGGCGCGGGGCCGAGCGGCGGAGGAUGCUGGGCAUGUACGUACCAGACAGGUUCGCCCUGAAGUCGUCCCGGGUCCAGGACGGGAUGGGGCUCUACACGGCCCGCCGCGUGCGCAAGGGUGAAAAAUUUGGACCCUUUGCUGGUGAGAAGCGAAUGCCUGAAGACUUGGAUGAAAAUAUGGACUAUCGACUGAUGUGGGAGGUUCGUGGGAGCAAGGGAGAAGUUCUGUAUAUUUUGGAUGCUACCAACCCGAGACACUCCAACUGGCUUCGCUUUGUUCAUGAGGCACCGUCUCAGGAGCGGAAGAACCUGGCUGCCAUUCAAGAAGGAGAAAAUAUUUUCUACUUAGCAGUUGAUGAUAUAGAAACUGAUACUGAGCUUCUGAUUGGCUACCUGGACAGUGAUGUGGAGGCAGAGGAGGAGGAGCAACAAAUUCUGACCUUGACCAAAGAAGGCAAAGUUGACCACUCCAAGGGACAGUCAGCAUCUGGAAGCAAAGGUCACCUGGACUGUGAAGAGGAAUAUGCCUGUCCACAGUGUGAAUCGAGCUUCUCCAGUGAGGAGAUCCUUACCGAGCACCGGCAGACCUUUCACCAGAAGCCCACAGGGGAGAAAGAGUUCAAAUGCCAGAGCUGCGGAAAGAAGUUCCCCGUGAGACAGGCCUUGCAGAGACAUUUUGAGCAGCACCAGAAGGCUUGCCGAGGGGAUGCCAGGUUUGUGUGCAAAGCCGACAGCUGUGGGAAGAGGCUGAAAAGCAAGGAGGCCCUGAAAAGGCACCAGGAAAAUGUCCACACUGCCUUAUGGGAAGACCAGGGCCUGGUCUCAACAAGAGGUGUCCUAGGGCUUAAUGAGCUAUGCCAAGAAGGUGGACCAUGUGAUCCUAAGAGAAAGCUCAUAUGCUCAGUGUGCAAUAGAAAGUGCACUUCAGUGUCAAGCCUGCAAGAGCACAGGAAGAUCCAUGAGAUAUUUGAUUGUCAAGAAUGUAUGAAAAAGUUCAUUUCUGCUAAUCAGCUGAAACGUCACAUGAUCACCCACUCAGAAAAGCGACCUUAUAACUGUGAGAUCUGUAACAAAUCAUUCAAGAGGCUUGAUCAAGUGGGCGCCCACAAAGUAAUCCACAGUGAAGAUAAACCCUAUCAGUGCAAGCUUUGUGGAAAGGGAUUUGCUCACAGAAAUGUUUACAAGAACCACAAGAAGACUCACUCUGAGGAGCGACCAUUUCAAUGUGACGAAUGCAAAGCUUUGUUCCGGACCCCAUUUUCUCUGCAAAGACACCUGUUGAUCCACAACAGUGAAAGGACUUUCAAGUGCCAUCACUGUGAUGCCACAUUUAAAAGGAAGGACACGUUAAAUGUUCAUGUCCAAGUGGUCCAUGAAAGACACAAGAAGUACCGAUGUGAGCUCUGCAAUAAGGCCUUCGUUACGCCGUCAGUGCUCAGGAGCCAUAAGAAAACACACACAGGAGAAAAGGAGAAAGUCUGCCCAUAUUGUGGCCAGAAAUUUGCCAGCAGUGGGACCCUGAGAGUUCACAUCCGGAGCCACACAGGAGAGCGUCCCUAUCAGUGCCCGUACUGUGAAAAAGGAUUCAGUAAAAAUGAUGGACUGAAGAUGCACAUCCGUACUCACACCAGGGAGAAGCCAUACCAGUGCUCAGAGUGCAGCAAGGCCUUCAGCCAGAAGCGGGGCCUGGAUGAGCAUAAGAGGACACACACAGGAGAAAAGCCUUUUCAGUGUGACGUUUGUGACUUGGCUUUUAGCCUGAAGAAAAUGCUCAUCCGACACAAGAUGACUCACAAUCCAAACCGCCCAAUGGCAGAGUGCCAUUUUUGUCAUAAGAAGUUUACAAGAAAUGACUACCUCAAAGUGCAUAUGGACAAUGUUCAUGGUGUAGCAGACAGCUGAUGGUAGCUGUCGAGGAACCAAACCAUGUAGAAGGGGCUUCUAAUAUGAAUCCCAGAUUCUUAUCACCUGAUCAGCUUAACAGAAAUAACCAAAAGCAGUGCAUUGCUCUCUCAGUGUUCAUUUGCCUGCCUUUGGAAUUUAGAGAUGGACAUGUAAACAAAAAUCUUAAUUUUACCAAAAAGAAAUGCAAGUAAAAAAUAAUUCUUUGUAGCUUACAAAAUGCUUUAAGUUAUGUUUGUGUUCUAGCUGAUUAAAAACUAAAUACAAUGUUA